AUGGUAUGUGUCUCAAUUCGUAGAAGAAUACAACCACGAGUUGUUAUUGUCAAAGCCGUGGGCUUCAAUAUGGUUUUCUUCACUAAACAAGACAUAUAUAAUGAGUUGAGGAGGCAAUGUGCUAUGCAAAAUGGAGAUGGCAAUGCCACAUUUUGCUAUUUGGAAGGCAUUUCCCAAGUAGAUGAAAAGUUGUUUUGGCAUUACAAGACUAGGACAAGUAAGCAACUUUGCGAUUUGUUUUGGAGUGAUGGGGCGAGCCAGGAAGAUUAUCAGAUCCUCAGUGAUGAGUCGUACAAUUGGGUACUGGAGAAGUUUUUGAAAUGCAUGAAAGGGAAAACACCUGAUAUAGUAAUUAUAGAUGGAGAUUUAGCAAUGCAAAUUGAGAUCCAAAAUCUUUAUCUUGAGGCCCAUCGUAGAUUGUGUGCAUGGCACCUUUUGAGGAAUGCGACGACAAAUAUUUCGCAACCUCGGUUCACUCAGUUGUUUAGACAAUGCAUGUUGGUUGAUAUUGACAUACAUGAGUUUGAAAAGCUGUGGGAUGCUAUGUUGGAUGAGUGCAAUGUGAGGGAGGUCGAAUGGAUCAUGGACUUGCAUACGAAAAAGUACUCUUGGGCAACGUCUUACAUUAGGGGUCAUUUUUAUGCCUGA